AGAGUACCGAAAGUACGUAGUAAGUACCGGUACGCUAACAUUCAGUGGAAUGAAUUGUUUGAUCGGUUUUCGUUUGUCCCACGGAUUUGUCUGUUCUAUCAACAAUAAUAAUACACAACACUUGGCAGUUCCCACGCCAAUGUUAAGCACUUCAGUCCCGGCGUGCGAAGGAGAGGAGGAUUGACCGGAGUAGUUCUCAGGGCAAGAAACGAUCGAAAGGUUAGCGGCAGCAGACAGAAGAGGGAAGAAAAACAUGGUGGAAAUAUCGUCUCCGUCUUCUUUCAAAACGCUGAAGACUCCCAGAUCGCGUUCGGAUGCGCCAGAGAAGAAGCCUUUGUGGCUUCUCGUAAUAUAUGCUCUUUUCUUUCUGGUAUGUCUGAAUGCCAUUUGGACUUACAAAGACCGAAAGCGACUGGUUUGGUUGGAGUUACAGGAACGCGAGCAAAACGACAACAUCGAAAUCCAAUACAGUGCCGGUGCGGAACAACACGUAGUGAGUUCCAAUUACGGUUCAAGCAUGUAUGGAGGGUCCAUACGAGCCGCCGAAUCACACAAGAAGAAGAAGAAAAAGAAAUCAGCACGGAAGACGACGUUGGAAAACAUCUUACCUAGACCGAGAGAUGGUUCGAAGGAUUAUAUUAUCAGAAAGCCAGGCAAUAACUCGUCGGAUUUCAAAGCAUUCAGUUUCUAUGUUAUGACUGACACUCCGGUAAGAACAAGGAUAUUUGCAGUUUUUUUCAUCUUGGUGAGGGUAAUGUUGCUACUUUUGGAGGCUCAUGAUGCAACUUUUUCGAAAUUUUAGUACACAAAAUUGGAAGAGAAGAGACUUCGAUCUCAGAUGAGUGAAUUGAGGGAUUACAUCCACGACAACCCCAAGCGCAACCUUACUCUGGGUAUUCACCUGGGAAAUACACAAAAAGUUUCAAAUUCCCUCUGUGCCGAAUCUGCAUACAAAAACCACGCCUAUCUCAUAUCAAAAGGGCCCAGUCCAACCUUUGUGACGCCGGGAAAGAGCGAUUGGUUUGACUGUCCCCGACGUGAAGAAGCUUUCGAUUUUUUUGUGAAAUACAUGGGCCCCGAUUUCAUCUCGGAGUGGCACCGAGAGCAAUUCGAGAAUUUUGAAAUCCAGCGAUCAGAGGAAAAUCCGGAACUUUUUACUUUUUAUAUAGAAGGGAUCCUCUUCAUCGGGCUUCACAUGAUCGAUUCUCCAGGCAAUCAAGAAUCAUCGGCAACACGGAACAAGCGAGUGAAAGCUAGCAUGGAAUGGUUCGCGAAUACGAUAGAAACAAACAUGGAGAGACGUGAAAUUCGGGGGGUCAUUAUAAUGGGACACGCGGGACGAUCAGAAAGUAACCAACAAUCCUUUACACAUAUGGCAAAAUACUUCGUGGGCAUUGGCACUAGAGAGAAUAUACCAGUAAUGUACUUGCAUGGGAAUGGGGCAAAGUGGGAAGUAGAUCGAAGCUUUUCCCAGGAGGCAAGCUGGAGCCAAUUCUACGAUGUUCAGGUAGACCAGGGCGGCUUAACAGAGCCGUGUAUCAUUGAUGUGGCUCCGCAACGCCUGGGAAAGGUUACGAAACUCGAAAAGAACGAAAACAACAAUGAUAUGGAAACUAUUAUUGCAAAUGGUCUAUUUCGUCUCGAUCAGCAGAAAGGUCGUUACCUUGAUCCAGAGGAAGUUGCAAAAUAAUUCUAUGCAAUUAGAUAUAACCAGCAACUUAUACUCUGACCCCAAAAAAUGCAAGAAAUUAACGUCUCUAUCCGUUUGCCGUAUUCAAUGAGAGCUACAAAUAGAAAUACACGUAGAGG